GCUCUUACAGGAUUGGCUUUGCUGGUGCAGCUAGGAAAAUGAAAAAUGCCAUUUUACAGCUUAAACAAGCCCAGGCCUGCAUCCCUCCGUGCGGCCUCCAGGACUUCGCCCGGCUUUUCCGCUGCCGCGGGUGCUACUCGCGGGAUUGCGACCUCCCCCUGGACUGCCCAGUUCGGGACGUGAUGGUGCCUCGCGGGGAUCAGGCCAUGUUCCCUUGCGUCGUGAACUAUCAGCUGCCCCAGGAGGAGAUCGCCUACUCCUGGAAGUUCGCGGAAGGUCUCCGCACUCAGGACGUGAACUACUUCCGAGACGUGCCGGGGGCGCACGGGUACCUGGCGCGGAUCCGACCGGUGCAGUCCAAGCACAGCGGGACCUUCUCCUGCGUGAUUAAGCAAGACCAGCGCCUGCUGGCGCGGCUCUACUUCUUCCUCAAUGUGACCGGCCCGCCCCCGCGCGCCGAGACCGAGCUGCAGGUCGCGUUCCGGGAGGUGCUGCGCUGGGCCCCGCGGGACGCCGAGCUGCUGGAGCCCUUGGCGCCCAGCCUGGGCGAGCUGCUGGCCAGGCCCGAGGCCCUGACCCCGAGCAACCUGUGCCUGCUCGCGGCCGUGGCGGCCGUGGCGGCCGCGAGCGCGACCCUGCUGGCGUGGGUGUUCAUUCGGUGGUACCUAAGUGGCAGCUGACAAAGGUCUCUGUUUCUGCCCCCCCCCCCCCCAAUAAAGGAUAUGUUUUAGCUCCAGAUUCCUUUCUCUGGAGGUGGUGGCUGGGCGGGGGCUGGGGGCGGGAGUCAGGCGGCGCCCCAAGACCCGCCUGCCAGCAGGAGCAACCAGAGUCCUGGUUAAUUCCUCCUGCUCCACCAAGCCGAGCCCUUGCGAUGCGGCCGCCCUCCCUCCCUCGGGGCCCAGCCGCGGCCAGCUCUGCGCAGGCUCCCCGUGGCAGCCCCUCGGCUGGCCGCCUCCCACUGCAGGCCGGUCUGCGCAGUGCGGCGGGAGCGCUCUCUCCCUUGUGGCGGGGCGCGGCGCGGCCUCACGUCCUCCAGCGGCUCCCUGUGACCGCUGGAACCGAAUCGGGUUCCUUGCCGCAGCCUUCGGGGCCCUGUGAGUCCUGAGCGGUGCUGAGCUCCCUGGCCUCGGUCAGUGCCCCUGUCGCCUCUGACCUUUCCACCUUGGGGUUCCUCCGGAUCGCGCUCUCUCUCCAGGGUCCCGACAGAUACAGUUUCCUGCCUAGGAUUUUAUAUAUAUGUAUAUAUAUAUAUUAAUUCAAUGAUGAACUCCCUGGAGCAGCCAUCACAAUUCAUUAACCCAGUUAAUCCCCAUAACGACUCCGGAGGCCAGCCCUGUGUUUAUUCCCUUGGCCUCAUCUCCUGGCUACUUCGAUGCCCCUCCUCCUUUUUUUUUUUUUUUUUUUUGGUUCUUUAUCAUGCAAACCUCAGCGCCAUUCCCCUCUGCUCUAAACUUCAACUUCAAGGACCCACCUUCCUCUCCUUGCCCAGGUCACAGCUCACCUGUGGCCUUCUGGGCUUGUGAGUGUUUGACCCCCUUUUGGCCUGUUUGUGAGGCUCUGUCCAGACCCACUGUCCACUGGGUGUUUGUUUGCUUCUUGUCUUCCCUGCCUAAAAGGGGGAGCGCCUCCUGCAUCUGCUCACUCCUGUAGGCUGACGCCGCCCCCUUCGGCGAUGUGUUCAUUCACAGAAUAUUUUUCGAGCACUUAGUGUGUGCCAGGCAUUUUUUAAAAAAGAUUAUUUGAAAGGCAGAGUUAUGGAGAGACUUAAUGAGAGAGAAAGAGAUUUGACCCACUGGGUUACUCCCCAGAUGGCUGCAACAAACCCAGGGCUGGGCCAGGUUGAAGUCAGGAGCCAGGAGCUCCAUCCAGGUCUCCCACAUGGGUAGCAGAGCCCCAAGCACUUAGGCCAUCUUCUGCUGCUUUCCCAGGCACAUUAGCAAAGGGCUGGAUUGGAAGUGGAGCAGGUGGGACUCCAACCAGUGCCCGUAUGCGAUGCUGGGACUGCAGGCAGGGCUUAACCUGCUGCACCACAGCGCCAGCCCUGCCAGGCAUUUUCUUUCUCUGUGUGUGUGUGUCUGUGUGUGUGUUUUUAAGAUUUAUUUUAUUUAUUUGAAAGAUAGAGGUGCAGAGAGGUAGAGACAGAGAGGUCUUCCAUCUGCUGGUUCACUCCCCAAACAGCUGCAAUGGCUGGAGCUGAGCCAAUCUGAAGCCAGGAGCCAGGAGCUUCUUCCUGGUCUCCCACGUGGGUGCAGGGGCCCAAGGACUUGGACCAUCCUCUACUGCUUUCCCAGGCCAUAGCAGAGAGCUGGAUCAGAAGUGGAGAAGCGGAGACUUGAACUGGCACCCAUAUGGGAUGCCAGCGCCACAGCCAGGGCUUUAACCUGCUGUGCCACAGCACUGGCCCCACCAGGCAUUUCCAGGUGCUGUAACAGAAGUCAGAUUAUACAGAAAAUGGUACCAUCACGCCUGUUAGAUUCUAGUGGACGGCACAGGAGCACUGCUGGCUCCAAGUGUGGGAGGUCCCCUCCUUCCCCCGCCAUGAACUGAUUUAACAGCUGUCCAGACACCAACCGAGUGUCCUAUAUUCAAUUUAACUCUGAAACCAACCACCCGGGGUCAGUGUCAAAUCCACAGGUCUGGGGGCCUCACACCAGCUGCGGUACCCAGUAGUGGGUUCCAAGGGCACCCGCAUGUCUCUCUGACAUAGUUCCAAAGUCGGGGGUUCUCACAGCGGUGACUCAUGUCACUUGGCAACACUUGCUUACAUGUUCUGGUGGAUCAUAAAAGCUUUUUCUAAAGGCACUGGUUGAAUAGACAGAAGAAGACACACACAGGACAAGGUUGAGAAGCAUGCCCCGUGCAGGUGUGCUGAGCCUGUCCCCGCUGGCCAUGCCAGUCGCACGUGGCCUUGAAGCCCACGACAGGUGCUCAGAGCAGCCGAGGGUCUGAACUGAUAAUCUUGGGUAGUUACAACCAGUCAGCAUUGAAAUAGCUGCUGCUCUGUGCCACCAGCGGUUGUGGAAGCACACAUUGGGGUCUUCCUAACUCGGUCACAGUUUGGCCUGGAAACAAUGUUGCAGGUGCUUGGCACAUGAUUGGCUGAAUGAAUGAAUGAAUGAAUGAAAUACUCCCACGUGGUGGUGGCUGCCCUCAUGGACAGUCACACUGUAACAUUCUUGAGCUGAGCAGCUUGGGGGAUGCACCUGUGUUUACUGAGAUAGGGGGCCGGUUAGAGGGGCAGGGCUCACAGGGACUGGGGAAGGAGCGAUGAGGAGUGUGUCCAAGGGAACAUGUCCGGAAGUAUUGGGAUGUGCAAGGGUGGGAGUCCCGUCUCCAUGGAGCCCCAACACUGGGUGCACAGGUGACACGGGGAGCCGGGAAGGUGGGAGGAGAGUUCUCCAGUGGUGAGAAGCCUCAGGGAGAGGAACCGGGACAAAAAGCCGGGGUAGGCAGAAAGCAACCCCUCGGGCAUUCUGAAAGCUGAAGGAAGGAAGCUUAUGAAAGAGAAAGGGACUGCACGGUCCCGCACUGCUGAGUCACGGACCGGAGGGCCUGAGAGGUGCUGGUUCGUUUCAGUGACCCUAACCCUAACCCUAUCAUUGUGACCAUAGUGGUGGUGGUGGUGGGGGAGUGCAACCAUGGGAUUGGCAUAGGUGUAGGAGCCAAGGGGAGGACCUGGCAUGUGGCAUAGCUGGCAAACUCAGCAUCCCAUGUUGGAGCACCGGUCCAAGUCCUGGCUGCUCUGCCUCCUACCCAGCUCCUGGCUACUGUGCCAGGGAUGGCAGCAGAGGACGGGCCAAGUGUCUGGGCUCUGCCACCUAUGUGGAAGACCCAGUUGGAGCUCUGGGCUCCUGGCUUUGGCCUGCACCAGCCCCAGCCAAGUGAACCAGCAGACAGAAGAUUUUCUCUCUCUCCCUCCCUCCCUCCCUCCCUUUCCUCUCUCUCUCCCUUCUUCAAAUAAAUAAAUAUUUUUUAAAAAACAAG